AUGGAGAAGAUUCCCAGCUUGAAUGAUGACGAUAUUGAAAAGAUUUUGCAUCCAAAUAGCCUCUUUACCGACGAAUUGAGGCCGUUGGAAAAGGAUUCGUCGGCCAGCGGAAUUGAAGACAUCAUAAAUCCUUCAUUAGAACCACAACCGGCGGCAGCAUCUUCAAAUGAGAGCAUUGCUAAUAUCCCGCACGAGCCAGGCCAGCAUUUGAUCCAUAGAAUGUACCCCGUGGGAAUGUAUGCCCAUCAGGAUGACCAACUAAACAAACAGUUAAUGCCAACAAAGAUGUUCAGAAACGCACGACAGACAUCGCAAUCGCCACAGCAAACAGCGCAAUCCACACCGGGCACAAGGCACACUAAGACGAGGCCGGCGUUCGUGAAUAAAGUUUGGAGCAUGCUGAACGAUGAGUCAAACGUGAAUCUAAUUCAGUGGAGUCCCGACGGGAAAUCCUUCAUUGUUGUGAAUCGCGAAGAGUUUGUGCAUGAAGUUCUACCGAAGUACUUCAAGCAUUCUAACCUUGCUUCUUUUGUAAGGCAACUGAACAUGUACGGUUGGCACAAAGUACAGGAUGUCAAAUCCGGCUCGAUUCAGAACAGUUCGGAUGACAAAUUACAAUUCGAGAAUGAGUAUUUUAUCCGUGGAAGAGAGGACCUGCUCGAGAAAAUUGUUAGACAAAAAUCUUCAGCCGCGAGCGGCUCAAAGAUGAAUCCGAAUGGCAACAAUGGCGGCUCAGCGAACGGAGCAGAUUUACACUUAAUGGGCGACUUGAAUCUUGGCGACCAUGCUAGUGCAAGCGCUCUACUUGGGGAGCUGGAACAGAUCAAAUACAAUCAAAUGGCAAUUUCCAAGGACUUGCUACGAAUCAACAAGGACAACGAGUUGCUGUGGAAGGAGAAUAUGAUGGCGAGAGAGAGACACAGAACCCAGCAACAAGCUUUAGAAAAGAUUCUACGGUUUCUGGCUUCCUUAGUACCGCAUAUGGAUCAGAAAAUGAUUACCGAAGGAAUUCUCAACAGCGAUGACGCACCACAAGACCUGCACCUGCAUCAGGAAACGGGCGACAACAGCAACAGCAGUAACACCAAACACGCUGCGAAUCCAACCAGCUUUGACAUGUUCGACCAGGAUUUUAUGCGCAACCUGCACAAGUCCCGCUUUCUGCUAAAGAAUCGAACCAAUUCGUCUGUAUCGAGCACAGUUCAGCCCUCUCUGAGUCAUGGCGACGCCAAAAUUUCUGAAAUACCCUUCGAUGAGGAGGAAGAUGAACAAGAGGCGAAACACCGAUCGUCCGCGCAGCGAAAUUCAAUCUCAGGUGAGGACACUGUGUCGUUCCUCAACCACCUCCAGUCCAACAUUGACGAGCAAGACGCAAGGAUUCAGCACCUGGAGGACAUGGUGCAGGUCAUUUCCCCUCAAGAAGCCAAUGCAAGACACAGCUUCGACCUUCAGGACUACUGCUUCAACAGCGAAUCGCCCAUGGACACACGUCGUCCAAUCUCCACUGGCCUGAGUCCGCUGCUCGCCCCUGAAGAUCUCACAUCUCUACAAACGCACUCACCAUCCCAUCUAAUUCAAGAGCUUAGCCACACAGAGGUUCCGGCAGCUCCUACAGCGCCGAUACAGGCACCCAAGCGAUAUCAUGACGCAUUAGAUGCUCGACAACGCCGCAGCGAACCGCUUGUUGAAGAGAUCCCCAAUGAAUCAUCUUCGAGCUCUCGCAAGAGAUUGAAGCGUUAA